AUGCUAUUCAAACGCCCUUCGGAUGAGAAGGGAGACGCGUGGCCAGCUAUAUUAGUUGGCUUGUUCGCGUCCUUCGGAGGUAUUCUCUAUGGGUAUGAUACUGGGACUAUCGCAGGCAUCCAGACAAUGCCCUACUGGCUCGAUGAAUUCAAUCAUCCUAAUGCAGGCCGCAUAUCCCUAAUUGUUUCUAUUUUGUCGGUUGGUACUUUUGUCGGUGCCCUCGCGGCGGGUAUCAUGGCAGACAUCACCGGCCGGAGAUGGGGAAUCAUCCUGUCAGUCAUGUUUCCCUUCAAUCUUGGCGUCGCUCUUCAAACGGCUGCUACUUCGCAGCCUCUCUUUAUUGCUGGUCGCUUUUUUGCCGGUCUCGGAGUCGGUUUGGUCUCCGCCCAAGUUCCCAUGUACCAAUCCGAGACACUCCCUAAGUGGAUUAGAGGUGCGGUUGUUGGAUGUUACCAGCUGUGCAUCACAAUCGGUCUUUUCCUGGCUGCCAUAGUGAACUGGGCUACCCAGAACAGGAACGACAGCGGAAGCUACCGUAUUCCACUUGCGAUCCAAUUUGCAUGGGCUUUAAUUCUGGCCGGAGGCUUGCUCUGUCUUCCAGAAACGCCUCGUUUUCUGAUCAAAAAAGGCAAAGAUUCACAAGCUCUUAAAUCCUUGGUUUUCCUACGUCGCUUGAGUGCGGAUGACCCAGUCAUUAUCGCUGAGCUCGCGGAAUUGAAGAGCAAUUGGGAACACGAGCAGUCUCUUGGAUCUGCAUCAUACAUAGAAUGCUUCAAGGGUACCACCGGUAAACGUACGAUUACUGGAAUCAUACUCCAGUCUCUUCAGCAGCUUGUUGGUAUCAAUUUUAUCAUUUAUUAUGGUACGAGCUACUUUGCAGAAAACGUGGAAGGCCUGCCCGACUCUUUUAUCUUGCAAGUCAUCGUGAAUUGUGUCAAUGUUGUCAUGACGCUCCCAGGUCUCUGGGCAAUCGACAAUUUUGGACGUCGCCCAGUGCUUUUGAUUGGAGCAGUUGGCAUGGGCAUUUCUCAGUAUAUUGUCUCGGCCUGUGGCGCGGCGACUCCAAUCUCAAAUUUCACUUCGCAAUGCGUUCAAUUCGCCUUCAUAUGCAUAUACGUGUCUUUUUUUGCUUCUACAUUUGGUCCAUGUGCUUGGGUUGUCACGGGAGAAAUAUUCUCGCUUCAAACUCGUGCAAAGGGUCUGUCCAUGACCACAGCGGCCAAUUGGUUCUUCAAUUGGCUUCUUUCUUUCAUCACGCCAUACCUCACUGGAGCGCUUAAUCCAACCCAGUCUAAUGUUUUCUGGAUCUGGGGUAGUUUCUGCUGGAUUGCGUUGGUGUUUGUGUACACCAUGGUUUAUGAGACCAAGGGAUUGGCCCUUGAGGAAGUCAAUGAGCUCUAUGAAAAUGAGCCCAGAGCCUGGAGAAGUCUUGGCUACCGGAACCAGCUGCGCACAAACCCUAUUUAUGAGGACCAUUACAACAAAUCUAUCGAUGAAGAUAACAAGGAUGGGAAUCCGAAUGCCGAGGAGACGGAGAAGGUUUGA